CAGGUUGUUUUUGGCUCUGCUUUGUGUGCGCUCGAAGGAAAAAAGCCAGAAAUUGGAGAAGAAUCAAUCAAGCAGUUACUUAAUAUUCUCGACGAAAAGUUUGUUAUUCCUGAAAGAGUUGUAAAUACUGAAGCAAUGUUUGCUGCUGAGCACGUCUACUCGAUUCAAGGAAGAGGUACUGUCAUUACCGGUAAGCUAGAAAGAGGAACGCUGAAACGUGGUGAUAAGAUUGAAAUUAUUGGAUGCGAUCGAGAAAAUGUGAAAUCCGUGAUAUCCGGACUGGAAUCUUUCCGCAAGACUGUAGAGCAGGCUGAGCCGGGAGAUCAACUUGGUGUACUACUCCGUGGUCUUGGGCCGAAAGACGUUCGACGAGGAUGCGUUCUUCUGCCGCAGGGUCAUAAACACAAAGCGACAGACAAAGUGAAGGCGCAGUUCCGGAAGUACGAAGAUAUUGAUAACGCUCCUGAAGAAAAGGCCAGAGGUAUUACAAUUAACGCAUUUCAUUUGGAAUAUGAGACCGCCAAACGCCAUUACGCUCAUAUUGACUGCCCUGGCCAUGCUGACUACAUCAAGAACAUGAUUACUGGAGCAGCUCAAAUGGAAGGUGCCAUUCUUGUCGUUGCUGCAACUGAUGGAGCUAUGCCACAGACCCGUGAACAUCUCUUGCUCGCGCGUCAAGUAGGAAUUCCGCGUGAGAACGUGGCUGUGUAUCUAAAUAAGGUUGACGAAGUUCCGGAUCAGGAGACACGCGAACUUGUUGAAAUGGAGAUUCGCGAACUGCUCAACGAAUUUGAAUAUCCGGGUGAUUCAGCUCCGGUUGUUUUUGGCUCUGCUUUGUGUGCGCUCGAAGGAAAAAAGCCAGAAAUUGGAGAAGAAUCAAUCAAGCAGUUACUUAAUAUUCUCGACGAAAAGUUUGUUAUUCCUGAAAGAGUUUUGUACAUUCUGAAACCCUCUGAGGGUGGAUCGAAAGUUCCUUUGGCUAACUACUUUACCGAGCACGUGUUCUCUCUCACAUGGGACGCUACUGCUUUACUCAAGAUUCACGACAAGGAUUUCGUAAUGCCAGGAGAAGCUGCUGAAGUUGAACUACACCUCAGUCAAAAGAUGUUCAUCGAACCUCAACAGCGAUUUACUAUCCGCAAAGGAACGACAACUGUAGGAACUGGCGUGUUUAUUGAAAAUCUCCCACCUAUGACGGAGGAAGAGAAGAAUCCUCGAAACAGGAAGAAGUUGAUGAAGGCAGAAAUGGAGCGAUUAGGUUUCAAUCCAUAUGGCGAACAUGCUGAAAAGCGAUUGAAACCCGACUAUUCUAAUUCGCCUAAGGAUAAUCCUGCUGCUAAAGCAUUUGAGGGUUUAGAGCAAUAA